AUGGACUCCACCGAAGGGACGUUCGACUUCAAAUUAUACCGCUAUACACCCUCGCUUGCGGCGGCAGUCCUCUUCCUUGUUCUAUUCGUUUUAAUCACACUAUAUCACCUGUACCAAGUCAUACGCUUAAAAUCAUGGUAUUUUCUUGUAUUCGUUAUUGGAGGAGUUUUUCAGAUCAUCGGCUAUAUCUGCCGAGCAAUAGCACAUAACGAUACCAACUCUAUACCCAUCUAUUCUAUCCAAACUAUCAUGAUCCUCCUUGCCCCACCUCUCUACGCUGCAUCGAUAUACAUGACCCUCGGUCGAUUAAUCCAGUACCUGGACGCGGAAGCACUCAGCAUCGUACCCAUAAGAUGGUUAACCCUGAUAUUCGUGAUCGGCGACGUAGUCGCAUUCGUCAUGCAAGCAGCAGGCGGUGGUAUAAUGGCCAGUGGAACUCUCAGCGCCAUGAACACCGGCGAGACAAUUACGAUCAUCGGUCUUGCCGUGCAACUCGCAUUCUUCAGCGUCUUCAUCGUCACCUCCACAAUCUUUCACUGGCGAAUUCACAAGAACCCCACGGAGAAAUCGUUACUCAAAACCCAACCCAAGUGGACGGACACUACCUGGGUAACUAUCAUGGGCGUACUUUACGUGUCCAGUGUGCUUAUCCUCGUGAGAUCGAUUUUCCGUUUGAUCGAGUAUGCACAGGGUAACGCUGGAUAUUUGAUCAGCCAUGAAGCGUUCAUGUAUGUCUUUGACUCGAUGCUGAUGUUCCUUACUAUGGUUGUUAUGAGCUUCUAUCAUCCUUCGAAGCUCUUGAACCCGAGUAAUAUGGAACGGCGGGGUGGGCAAUCGGAUGAUACUACUACGCAAUUGCAUCGGAUUGCGUCGGCUUAGUGUUCGUCGGAUCUACCAUCGCUUGUAUUUCGGUUUUUCAGAUACCUAUUUGAGUUCGUUGUUGUGGCUAUUACCAUUUGUCUUUGAUAGUGCACUUGCAUUUG